AUGCUGGCAGAAGUGGCUGUCUUGGCCGUCGACGGCCACGUUCUCCCCGAACCCUACAAGGGGGCCAUCAGGGCCCAAGACGCGCGAGAGACAGUGACUGAGAACUUCGACAUAGCCGAGUGUUUUCAGCCCUUAGACGUGGUGCGGGCGGAAGUGCUUUCUGUGGACGGAAGGCAGUACUUGCUGGGAACUGCAGCAGAAGGGUUUGGGGUUUUGUGUGCUGACAGCAAAAGGGGGGGGGCACUGCAGCCAGUGUCUUCGAGUUUGAUGCGCUGCAGCAUUUCGGGGCAGCUCGAAAGAAGGAAGGUCGCCCGGCCCCCGGGGGUUUAG